GAGGGGAUCCAUUUGCCAGCUGUGCGGCAUAUAUCUAUAUAUAAUCUGCAAUAUCACCGCCGGAUGGCGUUGAGACCGAGACAUUGUCGUCUCGGCCGUGCAAGAGACAUGGAUGACCCCGGGAUAGCUGCACAACACGCCCCCUCCACAUGAUGAGGCAGUAUCAGGACGGUGGGACUCGACGACGCCAUCGACGGCAAAUGAGCUGCGUCGCCACGAAGAUGCGUCCAAUUGCAAGCUGAGGAUGAGUGUGAUCGCAUCAGCUGAGGCUGGAAGGCGCCGCAACCGCGUUCUUGGAACCUUGUCCUUGUCCUUGUGUCGUUGGCUCCCGAGAGGCUUGACGCACAUCAUCGGAAUAUCGUUACCGGGAGAUCCCUGCCAGCGGGGGGACGCAACACAGGCAGAUAACAGCUCACCCGACAGAGAUCAAUCAAGAUUGGAUCGGGAGCGCUCUGGAUACUGGGAUGUUCGCCGACAGAACGUGAUGGAGCUGACCUUCUCCCUGGCUGAUGAUGGGUCAAGCGAUGCAGCUCACGUACAACCAUGCCGGUCAAUUGCCUGCUGCGCGGGUGCCCAAACCUCGAUCCAAUUGCAACUGCACAACAUCUCGCAUCUUCUUCUUUGUACCCAGCAUAAACCUCCCUUACUUCUGCUUCUAAAUGGAACGAACCGAACGCUCCACUCAAGUUACGGUGGCAAACAGCGAAGCAAAGCAGCGCUCCUUUAGUCCGGCCCGGGACAUGGCGGGUCGUCGGCGUUAACACGAGUCUCGAGGGAAGGAUGAAGAGCUCACUGUGGAAAAGGCGGCGAAAGAUGAGCUGUACUUGGCGGAUGGAAUCAGCCAGAAGAACAAAAGCAAAAAAGGAAACAAAGAGUGUGGAGUCGAUCAACACGGCAUCAGAGGAAAUAGGCCGAUGCCGAGGAUGCGUCCCUUGCAAUUACC